ACUCCUCGAUCUCGAUCUCCAUCGCUUCUUCCUCGCACCCAUGGAGGUUUCUGCGGCUCCUGCCAUCAGCCCUUCCUCCGACGAGCGGCUCUGGAGCAGACUCCGCGACCGCGUCGACUCCAUUCUCGAUAAUUGUGGGCCCAAGAUCGACCUCCCACCUUCCUCUUCCUGUAGGGUGGAAUCGGAGUGUGGGAAGAGGUUAAGGGAAGACUCUGAGCUUCUGAUAAAAGGAUUCGAUUCGGUCUCUUCGUCUUUGUCCCAGCUUUCCAGCACUCUAAGCAGCACGCAGCAGAGAGUAACUUAUCUAACCAAAUCCUCGGUAGCAGAAGAACUACCGAGAGAACGUCAAAAAACAGAAAGUGAAGAACCAAAAGCCAAGAGACAUUGUGAUUCCACUGAGCAGACCAAGUACGAAGCUAAUUCCUCUAAUAAGCAUGAGGCAGCUGCUCUCAAAAGUUCUGCAGACAACAAUAAGUUGGCAAAUUCUAAUGAAGGAGAUAAUGAGAUUGCAUCAUAUCCAAUGCAAAAUGCAACAAUGAAGAAGGCCAAAACUCUUGCAGUUAUGAUGGCCACUAAGGCAUCAUACCUCUCAAGAGAACUUAAAACCAUAAAGUCGGAGUUAUCUUUCAUGCAGGAGAGAUGUAACCUGCUUGAGGAGGAGAAUACGAGGUUUCAAGAAGAUUUUGACAAAGGUGUAAGACCAGAGGAAGAUGACCUGGUGAGACUUCAACUGGAGGUUCUGUUGGCCGAAAAGUCCAGAUUGGCAAAUGAGAAUGCUAAUCUAAUGAGAGAGAAUCAAUGCCUUCACCAGCUUGUAGAGUAUCAUCACCUAACAUCUCAGGAUCUAUCAGCAUCAUAUGAGCAAGCUGCUUUACAUGGGAUGUGCCUAGAUUUUUCUUCUCCUAUGCCAAAAUCAGACAUAGAUGACGAGAAUGGCCAUAGUGAUUGUGAAGUUCCCUUUACUCCAUCAACAGGUAAGUUAGGACUAUUCUCAUCUCUUGAUGAGCACUUGGAAAUCCAUCACGAUACGUAAAUGACGUGCAGAAAAUGGCCUUUCCAUGAAAAUUGUGAUGAUUGUUUAUUAUUUGUGCCACGGACUUGUUUUUUCAUUUCCGCCUACUCUUGUUUUAAAACGUAUUUACUGUCCUAAAAAGAGGAUAAUUGUUUGCUUA